AUGCUAUGGACCCGACUUGCACAGCCUGUGAGGUCCUAUGCCCGACAGGGUCUACCCAGGUCUUUCAAGCUAAAAAAUCGCAUUGUGAUCCUCACACCUAAGCGGUUCAACUCAAACCCCAAAAACACUGGCCAUAUUGAUCCCACGGAACAUAAUGAUUCGGAUGAGGGCAAAGGCCAGAAUCGCAAUGGCGAUUCAGAUCCUAAUUUCAAAUCUACUAUUCUCAAGAUGCUUGAAACAGCUGCAACCACGGCAGCAUCCAUUGGUAUCUUAGGCGCCGCUGGAUAUUGGUACCAUCAGUACUACAAAUACCUGAUUUUGGAUAAGAUGGACAAUGCGUUCAAUCCAGGUGACCCUGCCCUCGAGGUCGCGGGAGUUGUAUCUGGGAAGCACCAGUACAAUCACGAGGAACAUUGGGUUAUUCGCGACGAGCAAGCCAAAGUUGACGAGAUUGUAGCUGGGCAACAAACUGGCCACUACUAUUUGAUGAUUGGCGAGAAGGGUACGGGUAAGACAUCAAUGCUACUGGAAGCUAUGCGGAAGAUCAAUGGCAACAGCUGUGCCAUGUUUGAAGCACAUGCCGACCUCGAGAUUUUCCGAAUCCGACUGGGCAAAGCCUUGGACUAUGAAUUCCACGAGGACUAUAUUGGCAGUCUUUUCAGCAUUCGUGGACCGAGGGACACCACGGCUCUUUUGGACAUUGAACGUGCCUUCAAUAAGCUGGAGAAAGUGGCACUUGCUAGAAGGCACUCUGGCUCGACUCCUUUGAUCUUGAUCAUCAACAGUACUCAUUUAGUGAGAGAUGACCACGAUGGACAGGAUUUGCUUGAAAUGAUCCAGCAGCGUGCGGAGCAAUGGGCUGCCAGUGGUCUUGUCACAACGAUCCUUAACAGUGAUGACUAUUGGGUAUACGAACGAUUGAAGCGUUAUGCAACCCGGAUGGAGAUCAUUCCUGUAACGGAUCUGCCUAAGGACAAGGCGAUGUCUGCUCUAAAGAAAUAUCGCCAGCAGUUUCACCACGAGGUACUUCCAUAUGCAGUCCUCGAACGGGUCUAUGACAGGGUUGGUGGUCGCCUAUCCUUCUUGAACCGGGUGGCCAAGUCCCAGGAUAUGUUGAAGACUUGCGACGAGAUCUGUCGGGCCGAGAAAACAUGGUUCUUGAACAAGUGUUGGAUCCUUGGAAAGGAGAUGGACGAUGAUGUGAUGGACCAACAGAAGUACGCAUCUGCUGCUAUGGUUCUGGCGAAAGCACUUGUCGAUCUCGAGGAAGAGAUGGAGUCAAACUACCACCAAGAACGAGGGCACAUUCUACCACAAAUUGCCCUUCACGAGGCACGCGAGAUUAUGACCCGUGCUGACUUUGUCCAAUCUUACGACCACGAGAACAUCUUCACCAUUGAUUCCCGAGCUAUGGUUCGUGCUGAUUCCGUGCCUAUGCAACGUGCUUUCCAAGAAAUCUGCCAGAUAGAGAACUUCGACAACCACUUGGAGGGUACCCUGGAGCGCAUUGGAGACAUUGAGAGUCUCGGCCGUACCCGUGAGUUGACAAUCAAAGAUCUUUGGAACAAUGGCAAGUAUCAAUUCGUUAUGCGAGACCACCGCGGUCGGGAGAGUGGGACAGUGGAAUUUGCUGUGGCAGAACGCGAGGGCGAGGAUGAAGAUUAG